UUUCUACAAUGGAGGGAUCAACGUCAAGCUAUGACUAUUUCUAUUCUUUCAGUACAGAGGCUCCUGAAGAGAGCUGCCCUACCAAAGAGCUGCCUUACAAGAGCAUUGUCUUGCCUGUUCUAUAUGUUACUGUAUUCCUUGUGGGGAUUGUUGGCAAUGCCCUUCUGAUAGGAGCCUUAAUCUUCAAACAACGUAUUUGGAGGCUAAUUGAUAUCUUCAUUGUCAACCUGGCAAUUUCUGAUUUUAUUUUUCUUAUCACGUUGCCCUUUUGGGUGGACAAGGAAAUAUAUUCUGGACUCUGGAGGUCAGGCUCUUUUGUCUGCAAAGGAAGCUCCUACAUUAUCUCGGUCAACAUGUACUGUAGUAUCUUCCUACUAACUUGUAUGAGCUGUGACCGGUACCUGGCCAUCAUGCACCCAUCAGCAGCACGGAAGAUCAGAACAAGGCUCUACUCCAUCAUCCUUUGCGUCGGUGUCUGGAUUCUGUCCUGCCUGCUGGGUUUGCCAACACUUUUGUCCAGAGAGCUGCGGAGAUUCGAUGACAACCCAUAUUGCGUGGACAAGGACACCGCAUCCAGUCAACGGAUUGAGUCACUGCUGCUGGUGGUUUUUGCCUUCUUUGUUCCUCUGUUCUGCAUCUUAACAUUUUAUUGCUCUAUCACCAAAAAACUCUGUGUGCAUUAUCAGAAAUCUGGGAAACAUGACAAAAAGCUGAGGAAAUCCAUCAGAAUUGUCUUCAUCGUAGUGAUUGCUUUUGUUUUCUCAUGGGCACCUUUCAAUGUUUUUAAGUUUGUAGCUCUAACGUUUGGCAUCCAGAAUGUGAAACCUCCUUUCUGCCUUCCCUACAAAAUUGCCUAUCUGGGCAUGGAACUUGGUGGUCCAUUAGCAUUUGCCAAUAGCUGCACAAACCCUUUCAUCUACUAUUACUUUGAUGACCACAUCCGUAGGGCCAUGUUGCGAUGUAUAUUUCCAUGUAUAAAGACCAGCAGUCUUAGAACCAGUUCAGAUACUUCAGAUAGUCACCUGAGCUACACCUUGACUGCAUUUGCCCAUGGUGAAGAUGCUUCCAGGAAGAGAAGGAGGUCAGUUUCAUUCUGAAAAACUGGCAUCACUUUGAAGGUUCCAUUGCUCAUAAAUCAAAACGAGGGAUUAAAAAUGGGGCAGGGGCUGGGAGGGGGAUGAAAAUGUGAGAAAAUGAAAAGUAAGGUUGAAAAAGAAAUUACUAAUGAGUUAAUUGUGAUAUGAUAUUAUUUUGGGAAUGGGAAUGGCACAUUACUUACUUUUAGUUAUGUAGCAAAUUGCAAGGUUUAAUGGGAAUAUACUCUAUAAUCAUAGCAACAAUAAUGUAGUGUUACUAACUGGUAAGAGACAAAAUAAUAGAGGACCUUUGGUU